AUGGAGAAGCGAGGUUCCCAGCACUUGGCAGGCUGCUCUCAUGCCCGUUUCUUCUCCUCUUGCUUCCUGCAUGUCCAGAACUGUGACAGGGGCCGAGUGGCCUCCACCCUCCGCUACUGCGUGUCGGUCAGUGGCACAGUGUUUCUGAUCGCCGGGACGCUCUGCUUCGCAUGGUGGAGUGAAGGGGAGAAGGGUGUUCAACCCAGCCAGCCGGCCCCACCCGCUGGGUACCCUGCGCCUGAGGCCCCCGGGUCCCUGCUCAGGUCCAUCAGCUUCAUCUGCUUUGGGGCAGGCGGCUUGCUGCUGCUCCUUGGCCUGCUGUGGUCCAUCAAGGCCAGUGCCUGGGGGUCACCCAGAAGUGACCCAUAUCACCUCUCCAGAGACCUGUACUACCUCACUGUGGAGCCGUCGGAGAAGGCGAGCUGCAGGACCCCAGAGCUGGUUGCCAUCCCCACUUAUGAGGAAGCCGUGCACUGCCCACUGGUUGAGGGCCCCCGGGCACCACCUGCGUACCCCACGGAGGAAGACCUGCCGUGCAGCGCCUCCGGGGCUGCCCUGCUUGGGGGCCAGCCCCCCUCGCCUCCGCCCAGCUACGAGAGCGUCAUCCCUGCUGCUGCUGUCAUCCCUGGAGGGACAAUACCAGCUGGUUCAGACCACAGUGGGAGAAAGGGAAAGGCCCCUCGCAGGCCCUGAGUUCAGAGACAAUGCAUGAGCUGCUUCUAGUGUCUGGCACGGUGCCGGGCUCACAGCAGGCGCUCCAUGGACACUUGCUUCUCAGUGCUGCUUUAUUCAUCUAUUGCUGUGUAACAAGAGGCUUAAAGUAAAUCCAUUUCAUUAUCUCUCCCGACAAUA